UGUAGGGAUACACGCGGUUGAUUGCCUUGGGCGAGCGAGCGGUUAAGGCAGAAGACCAGAUUCAGGAGGCCGGGAUCCGUUUCUAACAUGCGGUCUCCCUGCCGCAGAGUCAGGCGGAAAGCGCAAGACGCUCGUUUCCAGUGUUUCCUCCUCUUCGUCGUCUCGAGCCGAGCCGCCGAACCUUUUCCCAACGCCAGCCACCUUUCCGCACUCACCGAGGUCUAUAUUGUGCCAGUGAGUGGUGUGGAACUCUGGGUAGCACGGUUUUGCGCGGACGCCUGCAGUGCUGUCCUUCCACACUCUCACAGUUUCUGUUGGGCUUCACCAGAAAUCUGAUGGAGGGUACCUAAUCGAUUAGUCCGUUAAACA